GUGAUUUCAGCAUUGCUGGAUGACAAGAAUAGGAAAUUCAUCUAUGUUGAGAUGGCUUUUUUCCAGAGGUGGUGGAGACAGCAGACUAAUUCUACCAAGAUCAAAGUACAGGAGCUCGUUCAAUCUGGUCAACUAGAGUUCAUAAAUGGAGGUAUGUGUAUGCAUGAUGAGGCAACACCUCAUUACAUUGACAUGAUUGAUCAGACAACCUUAGGCCACCGUUUUAUCAAGGAUGAGUUUGGUCAGAUUCCUAGGGUGGGUUGGCAGAUUGAUCCUUUUGGCCAUUCUGCUGUUCAAGCUUACUUGCUUGGUGCAGAGCUAGGAUUUGACUCUCUCUUUUUUGCUCGAAUUGAUUACCAAGAUAGAGCUAAGAGACUUCAGGACAAGACUCUUGAGGUUGUGUGGCGUGGCUCUAAGUCCCUUGGUUCUUCUUCCCAGAUAUUCACAGGUGUCUUCCCCAGGCAUUAUGAUCCACCUGAUGGCUUCACAUUUGAAAUCAAUGAUGUGUCUCCUCCAAUUCAGGACGAUCCUCUUCUGUUUGACUAUAAUGUCCAAGAGCGUGUCAAUGACUUUGUAGCUGCUGCUAUGGCACAGGCUAAUGUAACACGGACAAAUCAUAUCAUGUGGUGCAUGGGGACAGAUUUUCGCUAUCAAUAUGCAAAUUCAUGGUUCAGACAGAUGGACAAAUUUAUUCAUUAUGUUAAUCAGGAUGGGCGUGUCAAUGUUCUAUAUUCAACUCCAUCCAUCUAUACUGAUGCAAAAUAUGCCGCAGACGAAAAAUGGCCCCUGAAGAGUGAUGAUUUUUUCCCAUAUGCAGAUAAACCAAAUGCAUAUUGGACAGGUUAUUUCACAAGUAGGCCGGCCCUUAAAGGUUAUGUGAGAAUGCUGAGUGGUUACUAUCUGGCUGCAAGGCAGUUGGAAUAUUUUAAAGGCAGGUCUAGUUCUGGACCAAACACUGAUGCACUGGCUGAUGCUUUGGCAAUUGCUCAACACCAUGAUGCAGUCAGUGGUACAGAAAGGCAGCAUGUUGCUGCUGAUUAUGCAUUGCGAAUGUCGAUAGGCUAUAUGGAGGCUGAGAAAUUGGUUGCCUCUUCACUUGCUUUCUUGGCAGAGACAAGGUCAAGUACUGGAAUUGGGAACCCUGUGACAGCAUUUCAGCAGUGUCCUCUACUUAAUAUAAGUUAUUGUCCUCCAUCAGAAGCUGCCACAUCUGAUGGGAAGAGCUUGGUUGUUGUUGUUUACAAUCCUCUAGGAUGGGGAAGGGACGAAACUAUUCGAAUUCCUGUGUUCACUACCAAGCUUGUUGUCAAGGAUUCAGAAGGGAGAGAAAUUGAAUCCCAACUCCUCCCUGUAUCAAAUUCCACAUUGAGAAUAAGAGAUCAUUAUGUCAAAGCAUAUUUGGGUAAAAUCCCAAUGGAAACAGUUAAAUAUUGGAUUGCCUUUUCAGCUUCAGUUCCUCCUCUUGGUUUCAGCACUUACAUUAUUGAAACUGCUAAACAAACAGGUGCUACUUCUACUUUCUCAACAGUCUUCACAUCAGAAGGAAGUGAAAACAAGACUAUUGCAGUUGGCCAAGGAAAUUUGAAGCUACUUUAUUCUGCAGAUGAAGGAAAACUAAUUCGUUAUGUUAAUAGUCAAAAUCUGGUUACCGCAUCUGCUGAACAAUCAUACAGCUAUUACUCUGGAUAUGCUGGAACUGAUAAGGACCCUCAGGCUUCUGGGGCAUAUGUUUUCCGUCCCAAUGGUACAAUUCCCAUAAAAUCACAGAACCAGGCACAAUUAACUAUUAUACAGGGUCCCUUGUUGGAUGAAGUACAUCAACAGCUUAAUCCAUGGAUAUCUCAGGUUACUAGGGUAUACAAGGGAAAGGAGCAUGCUGAAGUUGAGUUCAGUGUACGUUAAACUCUCUUGCAAAACUUUUCUUUAAAUACAAUUUCUGGCAAAUAAAAGAUGUAGUUUUCU